CUUUUUUUCAAUAUCUACCCCAACCCCUCUUUCUCUUCCUCUCCCUUCCUCUCUCUCUCUCUCUCUCUCUCUCUCUCUCUCUCUGUUUCUGUCUGUCUGAUCCACACACUUCAUAGACACUCAAAGACUCAGAGCGUUCCUCUGGACCAGUCAUCAUGGCCGACAGAAAGACAGGCACCAGUGGUCGUCCUGCAGCGAGAAGAAAGGAGAAGAAGGAAGUGGUGGAGGUGAAGAAGGAGCCGAGGAAGGAGGGGAAAGCCCCGGCAGCGGUGGAGAAGACACCGGUGAACGCCCCGGCCCCCCCUGAGGCUAACGGAGAAGCGGCUAACGGCAUGGCAGCACCAGCAGCUGACGGUGGAGCGGCUAACGGUACGGCGGCACCAGCAGCUAACGGGGAGGUCCAGGUGGAGCCCAUGGAACUGCCUCCGUUUGAAAUAAUCACAGGGGAUCGCAUCGAUCCGUUCUUCUUCAAGUUCCAGUUCAAGAACGUGGAGUACUCGUCGGGCAGGAACAAGACGUUCCUGUGCUACCUGGUGGACCAGGGCAGUGCUGCCGAGGGCCUUCUGAGGGGCUUCCUGGAGGACGAGCACGCAGGGGCCCACUCCGAGCAGGCCUUCUUCCUCCAGACCCUGCCCAGCUACGACCCCGCCCUCAAAUACACUGUGACCUGGUAUGUGUCCUCCAGUCCUUGUGCCACCUGUGCAGCCAAGCUGGUGGAGGUCCUCCAGGCCAGGAAGAGCCUCAAGCUGACCAUCUUCUCCGCCCGGCUGUUUGAGUGGGAGGAGCCGGACAUCCAGGCAGGGCUGAGGGCCCUGGCGCAGGCAGGCUGCAAACUGAGGAUGAUGAAGCCCCUGGACUUCUCCUACACCUGGGACACGUUUGUGGAGAGUGACGAUCAGAGCUUCACGCCCUGGGAGGACUGCCAGGAGAACUACGAGUACUACCAGGAGAAACUGGCUGACAUCCUGCAGUGACCACAGUAUGCUGUUGGUCCAGAGUUCUCCCAGUCAGCUCAGACAUGUGGACAUCAGUCAAACAACAGCAGAGCAAUCUCUUGUGGAAAGGGCUGAUGUCUGUGUGGGUGUUUGUGUGUGGCUGAGAGAGCAUUGUUAACCCUAGAAACUAGAAACCAGAUUCCAACACCACCUUUCCUCUGACCCAUUUCCCGGAUUUGGCCUAUUCUGGGGUUGUCCUGGCAGGGAGUUCUGGGGUUAGUAAAUCUUUGGUGGAAAACUAUUUUGUAUCAAUAUGCAGUGAAAGCUUCUGCACAUCUUGAAUACAUUGCACUGGUUAUCACAUCAAAUAUUGUAAUAUUGUAUCGUAACAUUGUAAACUAUCCUCAUUCAUUGAUAACAAUAAGAAACUGGAGAAGCCGAAGGAUAAAACAAACUGCGUUGACGUACCUCUGAAACUCAGUGGUAUCGUAAUAGUACAGUGGGAUGGUGAUAUUACAGUGGGAUGGUGAUAUUACAGGGACUUACAAUGUUCUAAUAAUGAAACGAUGCCAUAGAGAAUGUGUUAUAGGUUUGGAUACUGUAUGAGUUACUGAAUGUGACCGGUACAUUAUUACUGUUGAUGUGAAACACAUUCAAUAUAUUUGUUUUACACAUUUUGCUGUUGUGGUUAGUAUUUAAAAAGUGGAUGAAUGAAAAAAACUUUUUUACUUGCAUACACACACUAUUUCAUGAAUUUCCUCUUUUAAACACUAAAUUGUAAUAUAUUGAAAAAGUGAUAUACAGUUUCAAUUUUGAACAUUGAGAAUAUUACAUUUCAUCAUCAUAAUUUCAUCAUAAUCACAGAUCAAUAUAUAUUACUUGUGUUUCAUGGAAAUAAAUGUGUCACUGAAAUACUACAG